UAGUUAUUUUUGUUGAAAGUUGGGUUUCUUAUUUUAAUGCAUCGGCUGUAACUACUGAUCUGCAAGCAUAGACAAUUAGACUUUUAUACUUGUGAUAAAUAAUAUAACAAAAUAAGUUAAUUGCGGAUAAUUGCGAGAUUUCCAGAGGAUCUACAUUCUGAUUUUAAAAAUAAUGUAAUAUUAGCGGAAACGCAAGCUCGUUGCGACGGGUCGCCAUGAAUCGAUCAAAGCCAUAAAAAUACUAAAAUUAUCGCUUGUUCCAGUUACGCGAACGCCCUGCGUUCAGGAAAAGCUCAUGGAAUUCGUUCUCUGAAAUUAAUGUUAUCGUCUGCAUUAACGGUGAAUUUGGGACUCUUCGUUGAUAUGCACUGUUUGUCCUGCUGAGAUAGUUUAAUUAGUGAUUAACUGAUCUUGUUUUUAAAACCCCUCCCUUUUAACAUAAACACCAAAGUUACGAAUGAGUCUGAAUGUAUAUAGUCCUUUUUCAGUAAGAUUACCGAGACUACAGAAGAACGUUUCACAUUAUUAUUAAGGAUCGAUUCUGACAAAUUUGACAAUUAAGUACAAAUUAAGUACAAAUUGGACAUCUUCGUGAUUGUGCUAUAGGCUUGUUGUGUAUAUUUUUAGUAUAGUCUCUUUUGGUGUACUAAACACACUUUGCUGUAAGUAUUUCAAUACAUUUUGUUUAACUACAACAGCAAUCUACAUUUGAUACCCCCCUUUUUGCAGAGGUAGUCAGGUAUGGGUAUUGGUCAGUACUACCGUCUUUUUCAGUCAUUGUGACAGCUUGUCGUGGAAUAUUAAUCUGGUUUAAUAGGUGCCGUUAAACAUUUAUAAUGGAGUCUGCAUAGUGCGUUAACAAGUCCAGAAGUCUAGAUUACGUAUUAUGAAGCAAAAUAGCGUUUUUAAAUAUUUGCCCAGUUCUAAGGAAAUGAGGAACACUUAAUUUCCCUGAAAUUGUUAGCCCACAUACUGUAAUUUCUGAGUUCUAGCGGGCAUUGGAGAGAGAGGUUCAAAUACGUUAAGGACUUCUAGAGGUCUUCGAGGGAGGGGGGAUAGGGGAUUUAAAAAAAUCACCGGUAGUCCUAGCCGUAGAUUUUGAAUGGGUCACACGCAGUGUGUUUCAAAAACACAAGAGGCUGACAUCCAGACGCUACAGCGCCGGGAAAAGGGACCGGUCCCCGUCGCCGCAGCGCCCAUCAAAACGGACCAUAUGAUCUUGCCGGAUGCCCCCACGGAAAAGACCGCCGUCCCGGUUCGUUUUAAGAGCCUGGGCCGGGGCGUGACGUCAGAAGAUCCCACAGAGGAUGCUGGCCGCGUCGAGAGAGCAAUGGCGCAUCUCCGGGAGUCCGGCUGGUACUGGGGCUCGCUCACAGCCGCCCAGGCCAAGCAGGUCUUGAGCGGAGCUCUGGAGGGCACCUUCCUGCUUCGAGACAGCUCCAACCCAGGGUACCUGCUCACGCUGUCGGUGAAGACCAGCCUGGGCCCCACGCACCUGCGCAUCGAACACUCGGCCGGCGCCUUCGGCUUUGACUCUCUGGCCGUAGCGCGUCCCCGGUUGCGCCGAUUCUCCGGCGCGGUGGAGCUGGUGCUGCACUAUGCAGUGGCGUCCCAGAGCUCAGCAGGGGGCGACACAUGGCCCGACCAGGAGAGCCUGGACGGCAGCCUGCAGCUCCGUCUCACCCGCCCCCUCUGCAGGACGGCCCCCAGCCUGCAGCACCUGUGCCGUAUCACCAUCAACCGCCACUCAUGCAGCCCCCAGGACCUGCCUCUCCCCCAGCGACUGAAGGGUUACUUGCAGGAUUAUCCGUUUUCACUCUAGCGCACCUGCCCCCAAAGAGGACCUAAUCUUUUCAGUGCACUUUUCAACUGCUGCCUUGUGAUGACUCACUGGAUGCUACAAGCCUUAGCCGGGAGAGGAAGGCUUGUGGCGUCCUUUGUUUUGUUUUUAAUUGUAAAAUGCAGUUACAUGAAACCUUCCAAACUGGAGGGGAUUACAAGACUUCUUUUUCACGUAACAAUUGAAGUUACAGAUCAAGAGAAACUUCUUUUCAGACAAAACAGGAAUGUGUUACUUUGACACCUUUGUGUACUUCUUCAGUUUGACCAGUGGCAUUUCUUUGAAAGGACUGUAACACAAUAUUCAUAGUAAAAUUAUGUGAAUGCUCCUGCAGUGAGGGGUUUCGCAUGGAAUUGCAGAAUUCUGGGUGUUUUCAAAGCAGUUAAUCCAACACAGGAAUUUUGUGGUAAAUUUCACAGUGUGUAGAAACCUUUGGAAUUUGACAUUUUAAUAUUUGAGAAUGACCCUCCCAACACUUUCUAUAAGUUACUUUAAUAUAAAACUUAUUUCCAAAGAGAAAAAAUGGUACUAUUUGAAAACCAAGCUCAUAAAACAUAAAACAUCAAGUGUUAGAGACUAUGUCUGUCACCUAGGUAACAGUUCAAUUCAUUAUAAUUUGUGAUUCUAAAAAAGAAAUUAAGUUGUACUGUGUGGGUGUUUCUUAGAAUUAGCCAAAAGGUUGAUUUUUUCCCUCAAACAUGAAGCUGUGUACAUUUGUACAAACACUUCUGUAGCUAACAGUUACCACUGUCCACCUCGUGAUCACUUGUCAAACCAAAGGUAAGUUACAUGUUAAAAGUCUUGAGAAAUCUUUACCCCCUCCUUAGUCAUUUGGUUAUAUUUAAGAACCUGGUUUACAGCCAUAUACAGGUUUCCUUUUGUAUGAUUAUACUAACAUGCAUAUUGUGUUUUUUACAUAUCAUGUUUUCUUUGCAACCCUGGUUCAUUAUGAUCAGUGAGCAAAACUAAAAUUAAAGCGUUCUGUACAAAUGGA